AAAAAAAAAAAUGCUUUGAUCAAAUAAAAAAUCAUACCCCCCGCACUCUUUUGUCUUUCUUUUUUUUUUUUCUUUUCUCUACAGAUACUUUUUUUUUAAUACCAUGUUACGAACAGCAUUGACAUCCUUUAGUACGCGUAUGCCUACUGUACGCAAUGUAGCCUUACAUCAAGUUCGAUACAAUUCCACUCAACCAGCUUCUGCCACUUCAGCCCUUUCGUUCAAAAAACAUCUUCGUCAACGUCGUUUUGGUCCUGUGCCAGCUGUGCCCGAACCUACUGUGGAAGAUGCAGUGACUAAUAUUUUGUACAAUACGCCAGCUCCAAGCAAAGCACCUGAAACUCGUCAUAUCUUGAACUGUCUUGUGCAAAAUGAACCUGGUGUUUUGAGUCGUCUUUCUGGUAUCUUGGCCGCUCGUGGUUUCAAUAUCGAAUCUUUGGUGGUUGCCAAUACCGAAGUGCCUGAUUUGAGUCGUAUGACUGUCGUCUUCAAUGGUCGUAAUGUACAAAUCGAACAAGCAAGACGUCAAUUGGAGGAUUUGGUACCUGUAUGGGCUGUAUUGGAUUAUACAAAAACUAAAUUGGUGGAACGUGAAUUGUUAUUGAUCAAAGUAUCUAUCUUGGGUCCUGAACAUUUACAUGAACAAUUGCCUACUGCCAAGUUUGAUGAUACGGUGGAAUUUGCUGAUGAAAACCUUAGUCAUUUGGAAUACUCACAUGAUCACAAGCAUUUGACACCUUCGGAAACUCUUCGUGAAACCUUCUCCCAUUUACGUGCUUUGACUGAAUUGACUCGUUUGUUUGAUGGCAAGGUGGUGGAUGUCUCAUCGGAUUCCAUGAUUGUUGAAUUAUGUGCCAAACCUGGUCGUAUUGAUUCCUUUAUGAAAUUAUGUAAACCUUUUGGUGUUUUGGAAGCUUCAAGAACUGGUGUUAUGGCUAUGCCUCGUUCUCCUGUACAUGAUCAUUAUGAACCUCAAACAGAUCACUCUUAUGAAGAAAAUGAUGCUGUGGAUGCCACCAUGCUUCCUCCUGGAUAAAAAUGGAAUGUCAUUUAGUUUAGCUGCUUCUUUCCUUUUUUUAUUUUAGUUUUAAACCAGCAUUUGUCAAUCAUCUAUUAUCAUCCAUCAUAUGUCAUUUGGUCUUUUUUCCUUUUUACAUACGUUUACCAAUAUUUCUUAUAUUUGUUUUGAAAAU